CCCUCCGGGCCAAUGGGAAGGGCUCAGGGCAACCUGAACUUUAUCUGGACAUGUGACCCGCUUUUAAAAGGGCCGGCCCUCCACUUGGCCCACUCCCCCUCCGGGCUGUCGCCCGCCCUCUCCCUCCCUCUUUUGCUAGCUCUGGCCCUGCCCCUGCCCCCUCCCCUCAGCCCCUCCGCGCCCGGGGUGUCAUUGGGCCCGGGAGACGCGAGCCAACUUCAGGCUGCUCGGAGGAAGCCCGUGCAGUCACCUGGGUGCGGGAGCGGUGCCGCCUCGGGCUCUCCCGCUGCAGGGAGAGCGGCACUUGCUGGCCUGGAUGUGGUUGGAUUUAGGGGGGCUCCGCAGCAGGGGUGUCGUGGCGGUGGCAAGCGCUGCAACAGGUAGACGGCGAGAGACGGACCCCGGCCGCGGCAGCUAUGGAGACCAAAGGCUACCACAGUCUCCCUGAAGGUCUAGAUAUGGAAAGACGGUGGGGUCAAGCAUCUCAGACCGUGGAGCGUUCUUCCCUGGAUCCUACGGAGAAGACUGAUGAGAACAACUACAUGGAGAUUGUCAACGUAAGCUGCGUUUCCGGUGCUAUUCCAAACAACAGUACUCAAGGAAGCAGCAAAGAAAAACACGAACUACUCCCUUGCCUUCAGCAAGACAGCAGUCGGUCUGGGGUUUUAACAUCUGACAUUAAGACGGAGCUGGAGUCUAAGGAACUUUCAGCAACUGUGGCUGAGUCCAUGGGUUUAUACAUGGAUUCUGUAAGAGAUGCUGACUACACCUACGAUCAGCAGAACCCACAAGGGAGCAUGAGUCCAGCUAAGAUUUAUCAAAAUGUUGAACAGCUCAUGAAAUUUUACAAAGAAAAUGGCCAUCGUCCUUCCACUCUAAGCAGCAUGAGCAGGCCCUUGAGAUCGUUCAUGUCGGACUCGGGGAGCUCCGUGAAUGGUGGGGUGAUGCGCGCCAUGGUUAAAAGCCCUAUCAUGUGCCAUGAGAAGAGCCCGUCUGUCUGCAGCCCUCUGAACAUGAGCUCUUCGGUUUGCAGCCCCGCCGGAAUCAACUCUGUGUCCUCCACCACAGCCAGCUUUGGCAGUUUCCCAGUGCACAGCCCUGUCACCCAGGGAACUCCUCUGACGUGCUCCCCUAACGUUGAAAGUCGAGGCUCCAGGUCACACAGCCCCGCGCACGCUAGCAACGUGGGCUCUCCCCUCUCAAGUCCAUUAAGUAGCAUGAAGUCCCCAAUUUCCAGCCCUCCGAGUCACUGCAGCGUAAAAUCUCCAGUCUCCAGUCCUAACAACGUCACUCUGAGAUCCUCUGUGUCCAGCCCCGCAAAUAUCAACAACUCAAGGUGCUCCGUUUCCAGCCCUUCCAACACAAACAACAGAUCCACGCUUUCCAGUCCGACAGCCAGUACUGUGGGAUCUAUCUGUAGCCCUAUAAACAAUGCCUUCAGCUAUCCUGCUUCUAGCACCUCUGCUGGAUCCGGUGCAGCCCGGGAUGUGGUUCCUAGUCCGGACACACACGAGAAGGGUGCUCGAGAGGUCUCUUUUCCCAAGACUGAGGAAGUAGAGAGUGCCAUCUCAAAUGGGGUCACUGGCCAGCUUAACAUCGUCCAGUACAUAAAACCAGAACCAGAUGGAGCUUUUAGCAGCUCCUGUCUAGGAGGAAAUAGCAAAAUAAAUUCUGAUUCUCCAUUCUCGGUUCCAAUAAAACAAGAAUCAACCAAGCAUUCAUGUUCAGGCGCCUCUUUUAAAGGGAAUCCAACAGUAAACCCAUUUCCAUUUAUGGAUGGCUCAUAUUUUUCCUUUAUGGAUGAUAAAGAUUAUUAUUCUCUAUCAGGAAUUUUAGGACCACCAGUGCCCGGGUUUGAUGGUAACUGUGAAGGCAGCGGAUUCCCAAUGGGGAUUAAACAAGAACCCGAUGAUGGGAGCUAUUACCCAGAGGCCAGCAUCCCUUCCUCUGCCAUUGUAGGUGUGAAUUCAGGUGGACAGUCCUUUCACUACAGGAUUGGUGCUCAAGGUACAAUAUCUCUAUCACGAUCCCCUAGAGACCAGUCUUUCCAACACCUGAGUUCCUUUCCUCCUGUCAAUACUUUAGUGGAGUCAUGGAAAUCACAUGGUGACCUGUCAUCUAGAAGAAGUGAUGGAUAUCCGGUCCUAGAAUACAUUCCAGAAAACGUAUCAAGCUCUACUUUACGAAGUGUCUCUACUGGAUCCUCAAGACCUUCCAAAAUAUGUUUGGUGUGUGGGGAUGAGGCUUCAGGAUGUCAUUAUGGGGUAGUAACCUGUGGCAGCUGCAAAGUUUUCUUCAAAAGAGCAGUGGAAGGUAAAUGUUCAUGGCAACACAACUAUUUAUGUGCUGGAAGGAAUGAUUGCAUCAUUGAUAAGAUUCGAAGAAAGAAUUGUCCUGCCUGCAGACUUCAGAAAUGUCUUCAAGCUGGAAUGAAUUUAGGAGCUCGAAAGUCAAAGAAGUUGGGAAAGUUAAAAGGGAUCCACGAGGAACAGCCACAGCAGCAGCCGCCGCCCCCACCGCCGCCGCCCCAGAGCCCCGAGGAGGGGACGACGUACAUCGCCCCGGCCAAAGAGCCCUCGGUCAACACUGCCCUGGUCCCUCAGCUUUCCACCAUUUCCCGAGCUCUCACGCCUUCCCCCGCUAUGCUCCUGGAAAGCAUCGAACCCGAAAUCGUGUACGCGGGCUACGACAGCUCCAAACCAGACACGGCCGAAAAUCUGCUCUCCACUCUCAACCGCUUAGCAGGCAAACAGAUGAUUCAAGUCGUGAAGUGGGCAAAGGUACUUCCAGGAUUUAAAAACUUGCCUCUUGAGGACCAAAUUACCCUAAUACAGUAUUCUUGGAUGUGUCUAUCAUCAUUUGCCUUGAGCUGGAGAUCGUACAAACAUACGAACAGCCAAUUUCUCUAUUUUGCACCAGACCUAGUCUUUAAUGAAGAGAAGAUGCAUCAGUCUGCCAUGUAUGAGCUAUGCCAGGGAAUGCACCAAGUCAGCCUUCAGUUCGUUCGACUGCAGCUCACCUUUGAAGAAUACUCCAUCAUGAAAGUUUUGCUGCUACUAAGCACAAUUCCAAAGGAUGGCCUCAAAAGCCAGGCUGCAUUUGAAGAAAUGAGGACAAAUUACAUCAAAGAACUGAGGAAGAUGGUGACUAAGUGUCCCAACAAUUCUGGGCAGAGCUGGCAGAGGUUCUACCAACUGACCAAGCUUCUGGACUCCAUGCAUGACCUGGUGAGUGACCUCUUGGAAUUUUGCUUCUACACCUUCCGAGAGUCCCAGGCCUUGAAGGUGGAGUUCCCGGCCAUGCUGGUGGAGAUCAUCAGCGACCAGCUGCCCAAGGUGGAAUCCGGGAACGCCAAGCCGCUGUACUUUCACCGGAAGUGACAGAAGACGUCUUGCCAGAAGAACUUUGCCUUAAGUUUCCCCGAGUUAUUCCACACCCACGAAGGACCCAAGAAAUCAGAUUUUUUUAACAUGUGAUGGUUGAUUCCCACUUGUGCAGCAGUUUCUCAAGUUUAAAAUCAUGUCGGGGGUUUGGAGCUGGGAAAGCUGUUUCACCACGUGGAACGUGACAAGACCCGAGCAGUCUAAAAGGAUUCUUCCCUCUCCAGUCCCCAGUGCUUAGAAACAUGUUCCUGUUCCUCUGGAUGAAAAGCCAUAUCUAGUCAAUAACUCUCUGAUUUUGAUAUUUUAACAGAUGGAAGUUUUAACUAUGCCAUGUAGUUUCUGGUAUCGUUCGCUUGUUUUAAAAAGGGUUCAAGGACUAACGAACUUUUUAAAGCUUACCCUUGGUUUGCACAUAAAAAAACGUAUAGUCAAUAUGGGGCAUUAAUAUUCUUUUGUUAUUUAAAAAAAACACACAAAAAAGAAAAAAAAUAUAUAAAGAUUCCUGUUGUGUAAUAACAGAACACGUGGCAUGGGACAGUGGCCUCCUGCAGGCUCUGGUUCACCCACGGCCCUUCUGCAUCACUGGUAUACACACUCGUUAGCGUCCAUUUAUUAUUUAAUUAGAAUGGAUAAGAUGUUAAAACAAAAUGCCUUGGUUUCAAUUCCUAGUAUCUAUUGUGUUGGCUUUACAGAUAAUUUUUUGCAGUCUUUUGCUGUGCUGUACAUUACUGUAUGUAUAAAUUGUGAAGGACCUGAAAUAAGAUAUAAGGAACUUUUGUAAAUGAGACACAUUCAAAAAGAAAAAAAAAAUUCUUUAAUGGUUAAUAGGAUGAAUGGGAAAGUAUUUUUGAAAGAAUUCUAUUUUGCUGGAGACUAUUUAAGUACUAUCUUUGUCUAAACAAACAAGGUAAAAAAAAAUUUUUUUUUUUUUUGUAAAGUGAAAUGUUCUGCAUGCAUAAUGAACCGUUUACAGUGUAUUUAAGAAAGGGAAAGCUGUGCCUUUUUUAGCUUCAUAUCUAAUUUACCAUUUUACAGUCUCUGUUGUAAAUAACCACACUUUAAACCUCUUUGGUUGUCUUUAAGCUUUUCUACUUUUUCUGUACUUUCUGUUUUGUUCUUGGUCUCCUGCCCAGGGCGUUUGUGGGACUCGAGCACCACCACGUUUUCCUGGCUUCGUCCUGCUCCAGGGGAAUGACAAGCUGCAGGGUGUCUGCAGCUCCCUGAAGGUGUCAUUCGAUGCCACACGCGACAGAGGUGGUCCUGGGAGUGCGGCAGCUUCAGCCAAGCUGCCUGUUUCCCCUUUUUCCUCCGGAAGCAGACUGGGCUCCAGGAGAGUGGGACUGGGAACUCGACAGCACAUUGUCCUCCCAUUUUAAGAAAAGCAGAUUUUCUCCCGUGGCAAAAAAAAAUUCCACACUACUCUCUCUCUCAAAGAUCAGCUAUUUCCUUCCGAUCUCGGGAAGGGAUUCUGCACUCCUGGAGAAAUGUAUUAUCAUGGCAGGAUUCUCUGGGACGAUCCGUCUUGGCGAGAUUCAGUCUGAAUGGCGUGGAGACCGGGAGAUAGAGGGUUUUUAGAUUUUUAAAAGGUAGGUUUUAAAAAUAAAUUUUAUACAUAAACAGUUUUGGAGAAAACAAAGAACUACAGAUCAUAUAAAGCAAGACAGUGGCACUAAAAUUUUUAAUUCAUUAAUCUGUUGGGCACUAACGCAAUGUAUGGCUUUUCUCUUACCCCAAAUCAAAAACGUGUUUAUCUUUGGGGAAGCUAACAAUAGGAUUGCACUAAAGAAACUACUUUGAAUAGAGGCCAAAAUUAAUCUUUUAAAAGUGGUGAUAAUCAUGAAGUACUCAGUGAAAUCCUAUUAUUUUCCCAAACCUAAAACCUGUAGCUGGAGAAGCCCAAGGCCAGGAGAAGGUAGCCAUCAGAUCAACACUUUUUUCCAGGGUUCACCAUGCAGGCAACAUUACCUUGUCUUUCGGAAGACACCUGCCUUAUGCAAGGGGAAACCUGUGAAAGCUACACUCAGAGGGAGGAGUUUUUCUUACAUAAUUUGCAAUUUCAGGAAUUUAAUUUAUAAGCAGAUCUUUAAAUACAGUCAACUUACAUGCACAGCAAUAUGAAAGCCACACUCUCUGAAGGUGAUAAAUACACAGCAUGCAGACUGGGAGUUUCUGAAAAAGAAAUGGCUUGCAACAGCAGUUUUUUAGUUCAGACUUUUUUAUAAAAUUGGAAUUUUGACGUAACCAGGUUUGGGAUGGAGAUGGUCUGCAUCAGCUUUUUGUAUUAACAAAGUUACUGGCUCUCCAUGUGUCUCCCUGGUAACUUUGCUUGAUUAAACAGCAAAGCCAUAUUCUAAAUUCACUGUUGAAUGCCUGUCCCAGUCCAAACUGUCUGUCUGCUCUUAUUUUUGUACCAUAUUGCUCUUAAAAAAAAAAAUCUUGGUUUGGUACAAUUCAUAAUUCACCAAAACUUCAUAUAAUUAAAGAAAACACUAAAUUAGUUCAAAAUGAAGCAAUUUAUAUCUUUAUGCAAAAACAUAUGUCUGUCUUUGCAAAGGACUGUAAGCAAAUUACAAUAAAUCCUUUACUUUAAUCA